UAUCGCGCGUUGGUGCAGUCACAGAUGUAGCAGGCGAUGACAGCUGAUGAGUUUGUCUGACUCCCUAGCAGCGAUGUCGACUCAGGCGCCGGUGGCAAGCCGACGCCAACACGUACUGAAGACGUGACGUGAAGGACAAGUUCCACGGCCACCGCCAGGUGUCACGGUUAACAGCAGCCAGGUGUGCAGAGCAGGUCAUCAUGAUAGUCAGUCUGACAAGGCUUGAGAAGUUAUGUUUGUGUGCUUUUGUGGUUGGAGUCGGGGUCUUUGUCAUGGGCUUCUCGGUGCCCUACUGGGUUACCUUCCCCUCCAGCACUUCGCGAUUUGGGCUGUGGGAGCUCUGCUCGACAAAAGGAGCAGGAACCUGUUGCUUCAGCACCCUCAGCAAAGACUUCCGUAUCUUGGGAGAACGCCUUCCAGGGUGGUUCCGAGGAGCUCAGACAUGCGCCUGUUUUGCCCUCAUGUGCAUCAUGGCUACCUUUGUUUGUCGGAUCUUCUUCAUCUUUAAAAACCUGGAAAACUUUCAUGUUCCCUUUAUUAUACUUGAUAUUUUAGCAGCUGUCUUCGCCAUCGUGACCGCCGUGAUAUUCGGCAGUGAGGUGACUAAGUACACCAAUCUCUCCCUCAGCUGGUCCUUCGCCUUCGACAUUAUGGGAGGAAUCCUUUUCGCUGUGUCCGGUGCAUGUUGUUUCGUCAAGUAUUGUUGUCACACAUAAAAGCUUCACAGGGUGGCACAAGAAGUCAAAUGGUUGUUUGCUGCUCUUCCUCAAUGAAAGUACUGGGACUGGUACAAUCAUUGGGCAUCUCCAUUGACCAAGGAGAAUACUUGCAUGCUAAUAUUUACCAAAGGGUGUACCUAGCAGACCCAGGCCAGUGAUUUUGUCAGUGGCUUCGUUUGUGCCGAUGGUCGGCCUAUGUGUCUGCUCGUGUUAUAUCUAUAGAGUAUAGACAAUAAGAGCUCGUCUCUGGCCUGUCAUACAAAGAGCAUGCAAGGCCACAUUGCAACUGAAUAUCAACAAAACCGAUAUCCACAUCAGCUUGUUCUCAAAAUGGAUGUAAAGAAAAUAAAUUAUGUUUAUGCCUCAUUA